AUGUCUGCUUCAGAACAUCCCGCCAUUAUCAGCCUUCCGGAAGAAGCCCUAGGUUUGCCUCCUGCGCUUCCACCUUCUGUAUUGCUUCAAGAGCAACACGCUCAAAAUGAGAAUAGUCCAGCGGUUGAAUAUUCUAUCCCUACUGAAGGUCUUACUUCUGUUUCUUAUGAUACGGACUUUCCUUCACUCUCCGCUGCAGCUGCUCCGAUAGCAAAAUCUCCUGUGUGGGGAAAUCGUUCUGGUGCUGAUCUAAUGCGUCAGCAAGCUCCAAUCAAAAAGUCGGGUAUCAUAACUGAAAUACUCGAAUUGUCUGCUUGCCAACAAUUGCAAAAGAAAGAGUUUGGUAAUAAAACAACAAUUACUGAUACAGUCAAACGUAUCACAAAUAAGACAAACACACAGAUCGAUAUGUCUACCGCAAAAAUAAGUGGCACUACUACUUUUUUGAUUAAAGGUAAUAUUGAAGAUGUGAUGAGAGCAAAGCGAGAAUUACUGGAUAUGUUGGCUGUUAAAAGCGAAGAAACUAUCCAAAUCCCAGUUUCUGCUCGUCGUUAUAUUUUAGGAACCCGUGGUCAAACUUUGCAAGCAAUCACUUCUAGAACUGGAACACGUAUUCAACUUCCACCGCGUCAAGAAAACAAUAUCGAAGAAAAUGAAUUCGACUAUGACGAGGAUGAAGAAAUGAUGAGUGUCAAAAUUGAGGGAGAUACGAAAGGGAUUAAUUUGGCCAAGGAAGAAAUUACUGCCAUUGUUAACGAAAAAACAACAAAACGAUCCCAUCGUAUUACGCAUAUAGAACAUCAUUUCUACCCAUUGAUUUUUGGCGCACACAACCAACGUAUUCACCAAAUUAGCGUCGAUACUGGAACGAAAAUUCACGUCCCCCUUUAUAUUGCUCCUGCAGAAGUUGGUGAUAAUCAAGACCAUUCUAAAGAUUAUAUUAUUAUUUCUGGCGAACGAGAUGCGAUUAAAAAGGCCAUCGAUGCCAUUGAAGAAAUUUAUACCACAUUGAAAAGUACCACACGAAUUCUUAAUGUUGAUAUUCCGAAGCGCCAACAUAAGUUUCUUAUUGGACAAAAAGGAGCGAAUCUUCAAGAAAUUUUAGAAACUACUGGUUGCUCUUUAGAACUUCCUGCUUUAUCUGACCCAUCUGAAAAAGUUGUCAUUCGCGGUCCACAAAGCAAACUUGCGUCUGCUUUGCAAAUUGUGUUAGAUAAGGCUAAUUCUAUUCAUAUAGAAAUAUUAGACAUUGCGCUUUCUCACAAAACCGACCAACCCUUGGAACAUGCCAAAAAUAUUUUAAAAUAUCUAUGUAACAGGAGUAAAAAAAAGAUUGAAUCAGACAAUAAUGUGCAAAUAAUAGUUCCUAAAGGAUUAGCAUUGGAAAAAAGUGUAAUAUUGGAAUUUGUUGGUAAGGAUCCUGGAAAUGUAGAGAAUGCAAGAAAAGAAGUAAAUGAGAUUGUUAAGAAUCUUCCACCAAGUCAUUUCGCUAUUGCAACCAUUGAGCCUCAUCUUCAUCGUCAUAUCAUUGGUCGUAAGGGCCAAAACCUUCAGCGUGUAAAAGAAACUUACGGCGUUGAGAUAAUUGUCCCUGAUGAGAAGGAUGAAAGUCCUGACAUUUUAAUCGUUUUUGAGAAUAGAGACAGUGAAGAAGUUCCCACUGACAAGAAAAAAAGGGAAUCAUAUGUCAAAGAUAUUUUAGAAAAAGCCAAAUUAGAGUUGAUCAAAGCUGGUCAAGAUGCUUCUGAUUUUGCUACGCAAACUCUCACGAUUCCAGUAAAAUUUCAUCGUCAUAUAAUUGGGCCAAAAGGCGCCACACUUAACGGCAUCACUGGUGGUAGUGAAGCACCUGUUUCUGUUAAGUUUGGUUCCUCUCGAACGGGUGCUGCAGAACGAUCCGCAAAUGCUGAAGGCAAAAAGCUUGCCCAAACACCAAUGUCCAAUGACAUCGUUGUAAUUAAAGGUCCAACUGAAGAAGUUGAGAGAGUAGUUAAAGAGAUUAACAAGGUUGUCGAAGAUGCCAAACAUACUGAGUUUAUGAAUUCUUACACCGAUGAGUUUACCUUCCCUGCACAAUACUCCGCUCAUGUAAUUGGUAAAGGUGGUGCACACGUGACACGCUUAAAGGAUAAAUGGAAUGUAAAAAUUGAUAUCGAAGGAGGUGCUAAAGGUGAAGAAAAAAAAACCGCACCCGGAGAAAAUGUUAAAGUUACCAUUGUGGGUAUGAAGGAAAAUGUCGAAGAGGCGAAAGCCAAAAUAUUAGAUCUUGUAGACAAAUUACAAGAUUCCACUACAGUCCGUCUAAAGAUUCCUUCUGAAUAUCACAAAUCAUUGAUUGGUGCGAAAGGUCGUUAUGUAAAACGUCUUGAAGAUAAGUAUGGAGUUCAUAUACGAUUCCCUAAGACCAAAGAUCCUAAUGAAGAAGGUGAGGAUGAUUCGGCUGAUGCACAAAAACCGGAUGAAGUAAUUGUCAAAGGUGGAAAGAAGGGCGUUAAUGAUGCUCAGACAGAAUUGAUGGAACUGCUAGAUUAUGAAAGAGAUCAUGAUAAUUCGGAAAGUUUCAAGAUUCCUGCUCAAUUUCUUCCUCAUAUUGUUGGUAAAAAUGGAGUUAAGAUUACUGAAAUUAAAGAUGAGACACUUACUCGUAUCGACCUUGGACAAGCCGAACCUUCAGAAGAUGAUCCAAAUCAACAAGUUGUAAAUGUCGUAAUUUAUGGAACUAAAUCCGACAUUAAAAAGGCAAAAGAACUUAUUCUUUGCAUUGUAAAAGAAUUCGAAAGUCAGACAACUAUUACAAUUAGUAUUGAUCCCCAAUACCAUAAAUACUUGAUUGGCCCUGGUGGUAGCCGAAUUCGAGAAAUUGUCGCUAAGGCGGGCGGACCUGAUGAAAAAAGUGGUCAGACGGGUAUUGUAAAGUUUCCUCGCCCAGGUGCAAAUAGUGACGAGGUCACCCUUAAAGGUGAUAAGGAACUCGUUGAAAAAAUAAAGAUUGAGCUGGAAAGAUUGGCUGAAGAACAGAGCAACCUUACGGUUGAUAUUGUUCAAGUCCCACGCACUCAGCAUCCUAUCAUUAUUGGGCGUAAUGGAAUGCAGCUUCGUGAAAUUCAGAGUCGCUAUAAUGUGACGAUUCAAUUUCCCGGCUCUCGAUCAUAUAAUGAUAUCCCUAUUGUGAGUCAUGCGAAUGGUAAAAUAGAAAAUAGUGAAGAGGCUGUUAAGAUUAUAGGAAGGGCGGAAAAUAUUGAGGCUGCAAAGGCUGAUAUUCUGUCCAGGGUUCGAUAUACUCAAAUUAAUGUUCCACGUAAAUUCCAUAAUUCUUUGAUCGCUAACGGUGUCGCUCGUAAACUUCGAAGUGAUUUCCACGUUACUUUAGAUUAUGAUGAUGGUGGUGCACAGCCUGAAAUAAAUCCCCCUAAAAAAAGUAAUAUAAACGGGAUUGCUACUAAACGAAUUGAUGAUGAUGAAGAAAAUUCUGAAAAUAAAGUCGAACUUGGAUGGGAAGUAGUUGAAAAUGGGCAAAAUGCGGUUGGCGAUAUUGUUUGGAAUUUGAAAGGUGAAAAAGUACAGGUAGAACGUGCGGAGGAAUAUAUUACUGAUUUGCUAAAAGAAGCGGUUCGAUUUACUCACACAGGUUAUAUGACUAUUCCUCAACAAUAUCAUCGUCAUGUUAUUGGUCGUGAUGGUCGUACAAUUUCGCGUAUUCGAAAUGAAAGUGGGUGCAAAAUUGAAGUUCCGAAGGGUAAAGGUGAUGAUGUUAUAAUUGUAACUGGAUCUCAAGGUGGCGUAGAAAAAGCUCGGAGUUUAAUGGAAGAAAUUAUUAAUCGAGCUGAAAGAUAA